ACGGAGUGACCCGGGUCGAAGGGGACCCACGGGGAGCAUCGAGCCCCGCUCCAGUCUCUGCACGGGACAAGCCCGACAUUCGCACCGUCUGGCGGAGGGCGAUGCCCAAAUGCUUCUGGAGCAUUUGAGCUCCUCCAGGACAGGCUGGGAGAGCUGGGGUUGUUCAGCCUGGAGAAGAGAAGGCUCCAAGGAGACCUUAUAGCGACCUUCCAGUAACUGAAUGGGCUACAGGAAAGCUGGGGAGGGACGUUUUACAAAGGCGUGUACUGAUAGGACGAGGGGCGAUGGGUGUAAACUGGAGAGGGGCAGAUUUAGUGUAAACAUAAAGAAGAAUUUCUUCAUGCUGAGGGUGGUGAGGCACUGGCCCAGGUUGCCCAGGAAAGUUGUGGAUGCCUCAUCCCUGGAAGUGAUCAAGGCCAAGUUGCAUGGGGCUUUGGGCAGCCUGCUCUGGUGGAAGGUGUCCCUACCCAUGGCAGGGGGAUUGGAACUGGAUGAUCUUUAAGGUCCUUUCCAACCCAAACUAUCCUAUGAUUAUAUGAUUGUCAGGCUUGGUGCCAUGAUUGCUUCCUUGGGGAGCCUGUUCCGGUGCUCCACCACCCUCUGGGUGAAGAACCUUUUCCUAAUAUCCAACCUAAACCUCCCCUGGCACAUCUUCCUGCCAUUCCCUUGGGUCCUAUCAUUGGUCACCAGAGAGAAGAGAUCAGCACCUGUUCAUCCUCCUUCCCUUAUGAGGAAGCAGUAGACUACGAUGAGAUUCACCCUCAGUCUCUUCCAGGCUGAACAGACCAACCAACUUCAGCCACUGCUUGUACUAUUUUCCCUGUAGCUCCUUCACCGACUUUGUGGUGGCACUGGACACUCUCUAGUAGCUUUACAUCCUUUUUAUAUUGCAGUCACCCAGUGCAAAGUAGAGCGAGACAAUCACCUCCCUCAACUGACUGACAAUGCCAGGGUUGAUGCAUCCCAGGACAUGGGAUGACCCUCUUGGCUACCAGGGCACGCUGUUGGCUCAUGUUCCACUUAUCAACCAGAACCCCCAGAUCCCUUUCCACAGGGCAGCAGCCUCCCAGUGGGAGGACAUCUGCCUUGGCUUGCGGAUCUCCAACUGCCUUACCUACAUGUUGUGUACACGUUAUGGGUGAUUUUGGUUUCAUGAUGUUUCAUGUCCACGGUUUCCCUGAAAAAUAGGUCUGGAGACCCUCCUCCUGGAGCGAGUGGGAGUGAGAGACCUUGAGGCUGGCACUGGCCUCGCUUAACCCAAGUGAGACUGGCUGUUUGUCCUGCAUCCUGCUAAGCCUGAAACGCCGCAGGUGCAGACGAAGAUAGGCUUUAAAACGUGGCUUUCAGAUCGUAGAAGAAAUUUAAGGACAUCAAGAUGACAGGAAGAGAGUUUCUUGAACUAGAGUCUCCACAGCAAAGACGGUAUUUGGAAAGACUGAAGCGGAUAGAAGUCUUACAAAAGACGUUCAGUGAGCUUCCUAAAGAAGACCAGAACCUUUGUAAUCAUGGGGCCUACUUCUUUGCAGCAAAUUCAAGCUUAUGUGGCUUAGCAGCAAAUAACUUCUUCAGGAACAUCCUGCACAUCAGACGUGCUGCCUUCGUAACUGCUUUGCCAAUGGCUGUUAUUCCCUUUCUUUCAACAGCAGCGGUUUAUGAAGUUUUUGUGCGUGAGCCUUUAUUUUCAGGUGAGCUGAACUGUGAGGUCUGUACUGUGGCCAGAGGAGGAUUAUUAGGGGCUGUUGUGGGUGGUUUCUAUCCUGUUCUGCUGGCUCUCCCCAUGAACGCAAGCCUUGCAGCCAGGUACUCUUCAUCUCCCUUGCCAGGGAAAGAAAAUCUGUUACAGUACUGGCUCACAAUUUCUCGGCCUGUCUUUAGAAAGAUGAGUUUGGGUGUACUUAUACAGGUUUUGACUGGAAUAUAUCUCGCUACUAAGCACCACGGAAUAUAUGUCAAAAUGCUGCAGCAGAUGAACGCUAAAAGGGAUCCUGAAGAGUUAGAAGCAUGAAGUUAAGCAACUUUUCAAUUGCGUUGGAUAAGUAACCAUAAUAAACAAAAGAAGGAGUUGUUGUUCGCUG